CAGUAACAUUGACAUAAAUAAAAUGACAUUAUCAAAUCGGAUGUUGACUUUUGCUCGAUUGAACUUUAAUUUUUAUAAGAAUUUCAAGCCUAUCAACACUAUAUUAAUACAAAGUAGAGCCAUGUCGGGUGAAGGAAUAUCUCCUCAAGAAGUGGAAUCAUUAUGUCAAACUCCUCAUCCUUCUACCAAGGACUUUGUGUUCCAACAAACAAUGUACCGGAUAAAAGACCCGAGGAAAUCCAUUCCUUUUUAUACUGGAGUUCUCGGGAUGACUUUGUUAAAACAGCUGCAUUUCCCUGAAAUGAAAUUCUCCCUGUUCUUCAUGGGUUAUGAGAAUCCGGCUGAAAUACCUAAGGAUGAGAAAACAAGAACAGCAUGGGCUAUGACCAGGAAAGCUACGUUGGAGUUAACAUAUAAUUGGGGCACAGAGAGUGACGACUCUUGUUACCACAAUGGUAACUCUGAUCCCCGAGGGUUUGGACAUAUUGGUGUACUGGUUCCUGAUGUUGAUGAGGCUUGUGCCAGAUUUGAACAGCAAGGUGUGAAAUUUAUUAAGCGUCCACAAGACGGCAAGAUGAAAGGACUUGCCUUUAUACAGGAUCCCGAUGGAUACUGGAUUGAAAUCUUCAAGGCUGACGUAGUGUCGUAAGCAGAGAUACAUUUAUGAAUGUUAUAGUCCGACCAGGUAUAUAGAAAAACUUUGUAUUGUGGAAAAGGCAAGAUUUUUUUUUAUAUUAAUUUAAAUCAACAAAGAAAUAUCAUUA